AUGGCAUCCAGGGCAUGUUCGAAUAGCUCAGUUUUGACCUCCUCAAAAGUAAUUUCUUCCUUCACUGCCUCCAAUCUGUACUCGACGUAUCGCGGCCUUCAGUGCUGGCAUCAGUACAGCACCAACAGGACGUUGGUAGAUUUGCUCUGGAAAAUGGAGAUCUGUCCAUUUCAAUCGAUUGACUUCCCGGUGGUCACAACCGAGCAAAUCUGCGAAGAGUGCAAAUGUGCGUGUGGUGUGCAGCAGUGCGCCUCUGGGGCGGAGCCUGUGCGGGUCAUCCACAAAAGGCGGCAGGGCAAGUGCGGCUGCGACUGUAGAUGCUCAUAUCGAUGUGUUACCUUUUGA